AUGCGUUUCUCCAACGCCGCCGCUCUCUUCUCUCUGGCCUCUGUAGGCUCGGCUGCUCCAGCCGUUCACGGCCACAAGCACGCACACGCACGUGAUCUCGGUUACGGUGGUGGCUACGGUGGUGGUCAGUACCAGGCUGGUAUCUUCUACGUCAACUGGGCCAUCUACGCGCGCAAGCACAUGGUCACCGACCUCCCCGCCGACAAAUUGACCAAGGUCAACUACGGUUUCGCCAACGUCAACAACCAGACUGGUGAAGUCAUUCUUACCGACGAGUGGGCUGAUCUUCAGUUCCCCUACCCCGGAGAUGUUGCCACCAACGGUACCCAGUUGCUUGGUAACUUCAACCAGCUUUACAAGCUCAAGCAGCAGAACCGCAACCUGAAGGUCAUCCUCUCAGUCGGAGGCUGGAGCUUCAGGGCCAACUUCAAGCCUGCUCUUGCCACUGCUGAGGGCAGACAGAAGUUCUGCGACAGUUCCAUCCAGCUGAUCGCUGACUUGGGUAUCGAUGGCCUUGACAUCGACUGGGAGUACCCAGAGGAUGAGACCGAUGGCGACAACUUUGUCGACACCCUCAUGCGCUGCCGCCAGACAUUCGAUGCCUACUCCGCAGUGAACGCCGCCGGCUACCACUUCGACCUUGGUAUUUCCGCCCCAGCUGGUCCCGAACGUUUCGUCGUUAUGCCCAUUGCCAAGAUGGACCCCUACGUUGACAACUGGAACCUGAUGGCCUUCGACUACCAGGGCCCAGGUUUCUCCAACUACACUGGACACCUCAGCAACGUGUACCCCAGCUCCACCAACCCCAAGUCCACCAACGGCUGGAACAGCAAGACAAAGUCUUUCGUCCCUUUCAACACCAAGCAGGCCAUCGACUACUACAAGAUGAACAUCGCUUCCCCCGCCAAGAUCCAGCUCGGUAUGCCCCUCUACGGUCGCGGAUUCGCCAACGUCGUCGACAUGAGCAAGGACCAACGCGGCCUCGGCCAGAAGUUCAACGGAUCUACUGCAGGAACCUGGGAGCCUGGUACCCUUGACUACAAGGUCCUGCCCGUGAACGGCAGCAAGGUCUACACCGACAAGGAGACUCUUGCCAGCUGGAGCUGGGACCCUAUUGCUAAGGAGCUCGUCACUUUCGACACACCCAAGGUCGCCUCCUGGAAGACUGACUACUUGAUGGAUGAGGGUCUCGGUGGUGCCUGGUGGUGGGAGUCAUCUGGUGACUUCCCGGCCACCAGUGACAAGAGCAUCGUCUCUACCGUUGUCAAGAAGCUUGGUGGUCCCGAGAACUUUGUCCAGAACAUGAACAACCUGUACUACCCCAAAUCCAAGUACUACAACAUCCGCCCAUCGGCCAACUCUACCUUGAGCCUGUUCUAG